CGAACUCACAGACCGCGAGAUCGUGACCUGGCUGAAGUCGGACGCUUAACCGACUGCGCCACCCAGGCGCCCCUAUGUAUUUAUUUUUUAAAGGUCCUGAUGAUGAUGGCUUUCUAGUCCUUUGCUUUUUCUUUAGUCGCUACUCGAGCUCAUUUGCUCUCAAGUAACACCUGGAAUAGGAAAAUAGUAUUGUUACUCCCCGGUUGUACGUUUAUUUUCAACCUGGGGAAAUGAGCUCCAACUACAGUUUUCACUUCAUUCGUUAGCUUCCAAGGCACAAAAUUGUUAUACAUGUCUAUAGUUUUCAAGAUGUCAAGUUGAGUACAUUGUGUACUAUAUAUUCCAUUACAUAUUUGUGAAAUCUUUGUAUUGAAGUAGAAGUAAUUCUCCUUAUUUGCUACACUACUUGGCCUGACCUCCUAAAACUGCAUAAUGGGGAAUGGCACCUUCCUCUUGCCACCGUCGUCUGGCCAAGUGGAAGAACUCGUGGCUGGUUACAUAUAGGUUUCUCUUAAUUGCACUAGUCUUCUGCCUUGUCUUAUGUAACUACCGUAGAAUUCUUCUUGAAUUUUCAGCUUUGCUCAGAUAACUUUGGAAGAAUGCCAUCUAAACACACAUGCACAUGUGCGCGUGCACACACACACACACACACACACACACACACCCAUCUGUCUGACAUCCUGAUCCUUAACAUACCCCAACAUCACACAAGGAUAUGUCUCUUCUGACACAUUCUAUGCAUUUUAUGCUGAAAUAUUCCAUUGGAAUUAUCAAUGUUUAUGCUUUCAGGCUAGUCAUUUAUCAUUACAGACCUGUUGUAUCAUCCCUGCUAAUUAAAUUUGUUAAGAGUGGGGAGGAUUCCUAAAACAGAAUUCUAUGAUGGCUUCAAAUUGAGCUGGAUAAAAAUCAGUGGGGAUUAGGGGAAGGUGGUCUUGACAUCGAAAUAGCAUUAGGUUUCAUAUCUUCAUUGGAAAUAUUUCUUUUUUGGAACUCUUCCUUCAUCAUUAUAAGAAAUGAGAUCUGCCUUGGCAUUCAUUUGUGUGUGUGUGUGUGUGUGUGUGUGUGUGUGUGUGUGUGUUUCCUCCUAGAGUGGGGUCUAGUAAAACUAGAUUCUUUGGGUGGAUAGAAGAAAAGUACAGAUUUCUUAAUGUUCAUUUUCAGUCAACUGGACUUUUAAAGGUGGCCUUCUUUAUGUUUUCCAUUUACAGUAUAUACCUGCUUAUCCAUAUGCCUUCAGAUCAAUAAAAGAGUAGAUAUUUAAAAGUAUCUGUGGCAGCCAACAGCUGGAAUCAUGCCAGGCAUCUUUACAUUUUAAAUUCUUCCUGGGCUCUAGAGGUAGGUGAGGCCAACUUUCCUUUUGACUCAGCAGGCAAGUUUUACUAUGAUAAGAGUAUUGCUAUUUUAAAAAGCAGCUCUUGACAAUCUAACUCCAGAAAGCAUUCCCACCCUGUGAAAUAGUACAGAGGCACCUGCUUCCUUAUUGAUGAAACACUGGAAAAUAAUGCCUGUUAGAAGCAAUUUUAAUCAUUUGGUAGCUCAGCUUCUGACUCCUCAGUAGGUUUCUAACCCAACUGCCAUGCCAGAUCGACUGUCCCAGUUUUUCUGAUCGGGCAGGCAGAAGCAAUCUAAUCAUCUCAGGCUUGGCACACAACAGAAAUCUGGCUUGAUGAACCCCUUGAGAGUGGGUCUGACUUGGCUGAAUUCAUUCUAAGCAUAAGUCUAGCCUUCCGGGUUUUAGGGGCUACCUUCCUAUUUUUCUCACGGCUUCAUCAUAACCAAAGUUCCACUUCUAAUCUAGUUCUGAUUUAGAAUGACAUGUCACAGUGCUUCCCCUACAACUUCUGGAUACUUAGGAUUCUUGAUCUCCAGUAAACAGUAUCAGGUGAUCAUCAGCGUCAAGAAAAAAUUUAUCUCUGUAUAUCUCUAAGGGCUUGAAGAUGCAGUGGACGCCGGAGCAUGCCCAGUGGCCAGAACAGCACUUUGACAUCACCUCAACCACUCGGUCUCCUGCCCACAAAGUUGAAGCCUACCGAGGUCAUUUGCAGCGCACCUAUCAGUAUGCCUGGGCAAACGAUGACAUAUCUGCUCUGACUGCCUCCAACCUGCUAAAAAAGUACGCAGAGAAGUAUUCUGGCAUCCUAGAAGGCCCCGUGGACCGGCCCGUACUCAGCAACUACUCGGACGCGCCCUCGGGGCUGGUGAAUGGGCGGAAGAAUGAAAGCGAACCCUGGCAGCCUUCCUUGAAUUCGGAAGCGGUCUAUCCCAUGAACUGUGUCCCGGAUGUCAUCACGGCCAGCAAAGCCGGAGUCAGUUCGGCCCUCCCUCCGGCAGAUGUCUCUGCCAGCAUAGGGAGCUCUCCUGGGGUGGCCAGCAACCUGACAGAACCUAGCUACUCGAGUAGUACCUGCGGAAGCCACACCGUGCCCAGCCUUCACGCAGGGCUCCCGUCUCAGGAAUACGCCCCGGGAUACAACGGCUCGUAUUUGCAUUCGACGUACAGCAGCCAGCCGGCGCCUGCCCUGCCCUCACCUCACCCCUCCCCUUUGCAUAGCUCCGGGCUCCUGCAGCCCCCCCCGCCGCCCCCCCCGCCGCCCGCCCUGGUCCCGGGCUACAAUGGGACCUCUAACCUCUCCAGUUACAGCUAUCCCCCCGCCAGCUACCCGCCUCAGACUGCCGUGGGAUCUGGGUACAGCCCCGGGGGCGCGCCGCCGCCUCCUUCAGCCUACCUGCCUUCAGGAAUCCCUGCUCCGACCCCUCUGCCCCCCACCACUGUUCCUGGCUACACUUACCAGGGCCAUGGUUUGACACCUAUCGCCCCCGCGGCUCUGGCCAACAGUUCGGCGAGUUCUCUCAAAAGGAAAGCUUUCUAUAUGGCAGGGCAAGGAGAGAUGGACUCCAGUUACGGAAAUUACAGCUACGGCCAACAGAGAUCUACCCAGAGCCCCAUGUACAGAAUGCCCGACAACAGCAUUUCAAACUCGAAUCGGGGGAAUGGCUUUGACAGAAGUGCUGAAACAUCAUCCUUAGCAUUUAAGCCAACGAAGCAGCUAAUGUCCUCUGAACAGCAAAGGAAAUUCAGCAGCCAGUCCAGUAGGGCUCUGACCCCUCCUUCCUAUAGUACUGCUAAAAAUUCCCUGGGAUCGAGAUCCAGCGAAUCCUUUGGGAAGUACACGUCGCCGGUAAUGAGUGAGCACGGGGACGAGCACAGGCAGCUCCUCUCUCACCCGAUGCAAGGCCCUGGACUCCGUGCAGCUACCUCAUCCAACCACUCUGUGGACGAGCAACUGAAGAAUACCGACACGCACCUCAUUGACCUGGUAACCAAUGAGAUUAUCGCCCAAGGACCACCGGUGGACUGGAAUGACAUCGCUGGCCUCGACCUGGUAAAGGCCGUCAUUAAAGAGGAGGUUUUAUGGCCAGUGUUGAGGUCAGACGCGUUCAGUGGACUGACGGCCUCACCUCGGAGCAUCCUUUUAUUCGGGCCUCGGGGAACAGGCAAAACGUUACUGGGCAGAUGCAUAGCUAGCCAGCUGGGGGCCACGUUUUUCAAAAUCGCUGGUUCUGGACUCGUUGCCAAGUGGUUAGGAGAAGCAGAAAAAAUCAUCCACGCGUCUUUUCUCGUGGCCAGGUGCCGCCAGCCCUCGGUGAUUUUUGUCAGUGACAUUGACAUGCUUCUCUCCCCUCAAGUGAGUGAGGAACACAGUCCAGUCAAUCGGAUGAGAACGGAAUUUCUGAUGCAGCUGGACACUGUACUAACUUCAGCUGAGGACCAAAUCGUAGUAAUUUGUGCCACCAGUAAACCAGAAGAAAUAGAUGAAUCUCUUCGGAGGUACUUCAUGAAACGACUUUUAAUCCCACUUCCUGACAGCACAGCGAGGCACCAGAUAAUAGUACAACUGCUCUCACAGCACAAUUACUGUCUCAAUGACAAGGAGUUUGCACUGCUCGUCCAGCGCACAGAAGGCUUUUCUGGACUAGACGUGGCUCAUUUGUGUCAGGAAGCAGCGGUGGGCCCCCUCCACGCCAUGCCAGCCACAGACCUUUCAGCCAUCAUGCCCAGCCAGUUGAGGCCCGUUACGUAUCAAGACUUUGAAAAUGCUUUCUGCAAGAUUCAGCCUAGCAUAUCUCAAAAAGAGCUUGAUAUGUAUGUUGAAUGGAACAAAAUGUUUGGUUGCAGUCAGUGAUAACUUCUUUAAAAAAAAAAAUGUAAUGAAUGUUGGCACACACACAUAAAACCUGCUACAUAGGGUAUAGAGCCCCUUUCCAGUAGUGUUUAAAUCGCAAAGGGUACUGGGGAAGAUGACGAUUGCGUUGCAUCUUUAGCGUCAGGGUAGAUUUGGAGGAAAAACGCAUCAGAUGAGAGCUGCUGAUUUGAAAGCCCCAGAUGACAGAAAGCAUCUGUUGAUGCUCAGUUCAGUUCAAGCCAGACAACACUCACCAAGGAGCAAGGUGCAAGUGUGUUGAUUUCAGAAGGACGUGAACCUUGUGUGUUGAUUCCAUUCUGCUGUUCUCGAGAUUUAGUUGCUGUCAAGUGCCUGGAGUGGUGCUUUAUUUUUUGUUUGCCUCACAAUUACAUUGGUGGCAUGUGCUAAUAUAAAGAGCUUUAACUUCAAACAUUAUUGGACUAAAGAGAUGAACGGUUGUGUUACGACAGAAAACCAGAUUUUUGCCAUUUUAAGAGCAACAGUAUUCCUCAAUCCUGUCUGUUCUGCAGUAUUAAGCUAAGAACAGUUAAAACAGGGUAACGGUAAUCUGGACCUUAAUUUCUGCAGUUCAUUUCUUUUAAUGUUCUUGUCUGCAAAAACUCAGGAAAGCGAUUGUGAUUUGUACAGUACCUCAAAGGAAUGUGUUGAAAGCACUAUGUACUGCUGAGAGUAAUGGGAUAGGCUUCGAUGUUACUUUAUAUUAAAAUGUAUGUUUACCUCAACAAUUGGAAGAUAGCAAGGAAAAUUACUUUGAAUGUAUCCAGAAACAUACUGACGUGUGAUACAACUGAAUAUUUACGACUUAAAGUAGAAAUGGAAGGAUUUUUUUUUAAAAAGAUUCUUUUACUAAUUAUGGGGAAUAAACCAGAGCAGAAUAGUUCUUUAUGUCAAAAACUGCAAGAGUUCUUCGUACAUUGCUCCUUGAUAAUGAAGUGAAAAUGUUCUUAAAAGGUACACUGGUUAACGGAAAGCUACUUACUCAGUUUAUGUUAGUACCUAGAACACUCAGCCACAAGACCUGUUUAGGACCCUGGAAGUCACAGUACCUAAAAACUAGGACUGCCUUUUACUGCAUAGGGUGGUGGUGAUGUUGGUUUGCAAGUUCUCUCCUAAAACUGCUGGGAAUGGUGUCAUUCUAUUCACUAAUCUAGCUUAUAGGCUUGUCGUGCUGUUUGAUAGAAUGCAGAAGAUAGCAAGCAAAAACAAAGAAAUAAAUACAAAAUCAACCAAUCAACUUUA